AUGCGGGCAAUUCGUUUCAAAGCCCUUUUUGCGCAGGAGAAGCUCAAAAGCAUGCCGCAGCCGUACUGUGGUCACCGAUUUGAUGCCAUAACGAUUUUGGAGCGAUACAGUAGGAAGGUGAAGAGAUUACGAAUGGGUUUCUUGAACUGGACAUCUGAUCACUUGUUCGGGUUUUAUCGAAAUAUAACCAUAAUGGUCAACUUCGUUUUGUUGGCAGCUAUACUACUUCACACCAAUAUUACGAAAGGAAAAGUUAUCGGUUUCUGGGCAAUGCUCGCAACAAUCAAUGACUUGAUAUCUCAUGUCUCGUUCCUCUUCGCUGCUAUUUCGAUUAUGCGGUUUCUAAGCGUAUUCUAUUUUUUCAGCGUCAUCACCCUUAUGCUGAGGAAAAUGAUUGGAAUUCUUGCAAAGUUCUUGCUGAUUUUUCUAAUGUUUUGGAUGAUCUUCGCUGUGUGUCACAUCAGCAUGGCCGAAGAAUACGUUAUUCGAAGCAAUCAUUCACUGGCGUGGUUGAUAUUCCAGAAUGGUGCGUUUGAAAUAUUUGGCGAGGUUGACGAUGAAGACAAAGUUGGAUCGGUAACAGGAUGCGCAGAUUUGAGUUGGCAGUUGAUAUGGACAUCAGAUGUCUCCGACAUGCGAUGCCUCUUUCGCUCAACUCUCAUCCCUAUCACUGUAUUUAGCUACAUGCUUAUUGCAAGCAUCAUGCUAGUAAACUUGUUGACUGCGCUGCUAUCGAAGGAGUAUGACGAGGUGUCGGGCAGCGGGUCUGCUGUUUAUUGGAAAUACGAAAAUUAUUCUCUGCUUGCAACGUACGAAUCCAAACUAUGGCUUCCUCCUCCGCUGUCGCUUCUAUACUAUAUAUUUCAUGUUGUUCUCGCUUUAAUGAGAAUGACAGCCUUUUUCGCAUGUAUUUUUUGCACGUGCUGUACUUCCUCCAUUAUUGCUAACAAUCCAUUUUACCUCAUUCCGAAAUGGCUCGAUAUCAUUUUCAAAGCGAUUGAAGGUAGGCCUUGGGGGACCCUCAAACAGGUGCGAAAACACUGCUAUGACAGAUCUGAUCUUGAACUAGUCCGUAAACUAUUACUAGUAAGUAAAAAUAACAAGUCCACAUUCCAUGUGCGCCUCAGAGAUUUGCUGGACAGUAACACUUUUGAUGAUGUUGCCAGUCCGGAGGAACGUAUACAUCACGCACAAACCCUAUUUCAAAAUAUUUUUACUGUCAUGAUGGACUGCAUCAGUAAAGAAACCGCUGAGAUGAAAACAAGAGCUGAUACGGUUAUGGGUAACUUCGAAACUCAUCUUAAUGAAUGCACAUCCACAUCGUUGCCAAACCUAAUGAACAGGCACAAUCAGGAGAUUUCGAAACCGCAGGUCUCGCGUCAAUAUCGCUUGAUGAACUGGGAUAGAGACGAAUAUGAUUCCAAAAUCGAUUAUAGCAAAACUUUUGCUCAAAUCUGA